AUGCAAUCCAAUCCAACAGGCCGAGGUGGAACCCGCCGAAAAAGGUCGUCUCUUAAUUCCAGUCGGUCUAAUCCGACUAAGAGGGCAAGGGCCACUGGUGAGGAUGAUGCUUACGCCGAUCACGAGGCAAAUGAGCCGGUCUUGGAGUCUGCCGCCAAGAAAACUACUGAUACCGCCCUUCAGGCGCCGCUGUCUCCACCAACUUCUCUUGAGAUUUUGGACGAGGGUCCUGUCGGCGGUUUCAUUGAGGACUUCCACCGGCAAGCUACUUCUGCUGCUGUUACCGGUGGUAAUUCUAGUAUGCCUCCCGUCAGUCGCAGCGAGAACAAGUCUGGGGAUUCUAGGCUGAAUUAUCACCUACCCCUCCGCACCGGUGGUUGGAUCGAGGAUACUCCUUUCAAGAUUCCACCGCAAAUGAAGCCAUGGUUCGAGACUCCUGGCGGCGAACCUACCGACCAGUUUUAUCCCACCAUUGACCUGUUGUGUGGGGAGUCGGUGGCUACUGAUUCAGCUAAGGACGGUGGCGACUUAGGCUACCGUGCCUUUAAAGAUUUGAUUACGCCUGCUGACAAGCCACAAGGUCAGAUUGAUGCCCCUGCUGCUCAACACUUUAAUGACCUAUACAAGGCCGUUCAGUCCAACAUGGAUUUGUACUAUGUUUACCGCUGGAACCAGCUGCAGCUGACUCAGAAUAACAUUGAUAUGGCCGAUUUGAGGAAGCGGGCUGAGGAUGCUGAGUCCUUGCUGGAAGACAGCAAGAAGAAGUUGGAUGCUACGGCUUCUGAUUUGGAGGCGGCUAAUAAACGGCUCAGUGAUAUUGAGCCUAGGCUGCAGGCUGAGGCUGAGAGAGCAGACGGUUUGGAUCAACGGCUGGCAAGUGUUAAUGCAAGCUUACCGGGCGUAAGGAAAUCUGCCGCCAAGAAAGCCGUUGAUAAACUUCUUCAGUCUGACUGGUUUAACGACAUUCUGACUUUGCGCCAUAACGGCGGUUGGUGUGCUGCACAUCGAGUCGUUUGCCAUGUGAAGAAGCUGGACGAGGAUGGCUGGCAGGUGUUUGAAGAUGGCUAUGAGGAGAAAGAGCUGUAUAAGGUUGCAACCGGCUUUGAGCCUCAGGAGCUACCCGAGGCGGUGAUUUGCAAUGCUAAUCAGAGGACCCUGCCUCCUUUGGAUGUUCCGGAAGCAGCCUAUUGGUCUGAUGAUGAGCAUGCCGUUUGACGGUUUCGGCAGUCAUCACCUCCCUCCUCUUGCGGAUCUUCUUCUUUUCCCAGCCGGCCUCAUACUUGUUAGGAUUUUUAUUUUUAUUUUGGCGGCUGGCUUUUGAUUUUUUGGCAAAUGCUGUUAGGGCACUUCAAUGUUGAUGUAAUUUUAAUUUAUAACAUCGUAUUAUUGUGGCGGUAUUGGUUUUAUUCGGCAUCCCUUUGUGCCUUGUUAUCAGCUAAUCACUUCGCAAGUUUUUUGGGUGAUGGCUGUCGGUUUUUCGUGUAUUUCCUUUUGUGGCCAUGUAUUUAUAACAAGUAAUUUUUCGAUUUCAUAUUUACUUCUUUUUGCGUAUGAUACUUCCAAUUAUGCCGGUAUUACUAUCUUGCCAGCUUGUUGAAUGUUAUAUUUCGAAAUGAAUGUUCCUUCUACUGAU